UCCACGGUAUUCCAAGUUACAUUGUAAAAUCAUUUCCCUAUUGGUCCUAUAUACCAGCUGCUUGCUGACAUCACCAAUAAUUUAGCAUUGGAGACAUCCAAAGUAAUGUAACAUUUUUCUUCUUCUUCAUGGCUAUGCUUGCUUUCAGACUUACGCCUCUGUGUUUUUCUUCCCUUCCAGGUAACGCAUUUGUGGUGAGCCUAGCUGUGGCUGAUCUGGUGGUGGCCUUGUAUCCAUACCCACUGGUGCUCUUAGCUAUUUUCCACAAUGGAUGGACACUGGGUGAAACUCACUGUAAAGCAAGUGGCUUUGUGAUGGGACUAAGUGUAAUAGGCUCUAUUUUCAACAUCACUGCAAUUGCAAUAAACAGAUAUUGCUACAUAUGUCAUAGUUUUGCCUAUGACAAAGUAUACAGCUGUUGGAAUACAAUGUUGUAUGUCUCCUUAGUCUGGAUAUUAACAGUAAUUGCAACUGUGCCAAAUUUUUUUGUUGGUUCUUUGAAGUAUGACCCACGCAUCUAUUCAUGCACGUUUGUCCAGACUGCAAGCUCCUACUACACAAUAGCUGUUGUGGUCAUUCACUUCAUCGUUCCUAUCACCAUUGUCAGCUUCUGCUACCUUCGAAUUUGGGUUUUAGUGCUUCAAGUUCGAAGACGAGUCAAGUCAGAAACAAAGCCAAGGUUGAAGCCAAGUGACUUCAGAAACUUUCUUACCAUGUUUGUUGUUUUUGUGAUUUUUGCCUUUUGCUGGGCACCUCUAAACUUCAUUGGACUGGCUGUAGCCAUUGAUCCUACGGAAAUGGCACCAAAAGUUCCUGAAUGGCUAUUCAUUAUAAGCUACUUAAUGGCCUACUUCAACAGCUGCCUUAAUGCAAUAAUAUAUGGUCUUCUUAACCAGAAUUUUCGGAAUGAAUAUAAACGAAUUUUAAUGUCACUGUGGAUGCCAAGACUUUUCUUCCAGGACACAUCCAAAGGAGGAACUGAUGGCCAGAAGAGCAAGCCUUCUCCUGCUUUAAACAACAAUAACCAAAUGAAAACUGAAACCUUGUAAAUGUGUAAUAGUCAAUGCAAGAGAUUGUCAUGGAGAAAACCAAGAUCAUAGUUGUAAUGUUCUGGUCAUUCCUGCUUAAUUUUGGGGAGUUUCCAAUUGGAUCACACUUUAUGACUGGAAUACUGUCUUCAUAGUAAAGCAAA